AUGAGAUGUCGCAUUGAAAACGGGAAGAUUUGCCGUCGCUGCAAGAGAGCCGGGCUUCCUUGUGUAUUCGUGCCCAGGGCAAACGCUGCCAGAGGCUGGACUUCCAGUGAACUCGAGUCACUUAAAGCGCCGAGUCUUAGCCCGAACACAAUGUUCGACAUUCUCCGCCGCGUAAAGACCAUCGAAGAGUACAUCGGGAUCGAGAAUGAGCAAGCCGCCGGCACAACCGCGGAAGAUUUCGAGAGCAGUUCUGCGCGACCUGAGGAAUUGGAAGAUGACCAGACGCUUGAGCCUCUGUGGCGCGCGACGGCACAACUAGAAGCCAGUGCACCCACUCGCUCUAGAGGGUCAUUGUGGCAUCGCAACAUGAUAAAACAUCUGUUUCAGACGUGA